AUGCCCACAGUCGAACGCAUCUCGCUGCCGCAGUCGCUUUCGGCAGUCGCAUCCAAAGGUCGACGCCUAUUUUCCCGCGAAACGGCACUCACAUCGACCGAUGCGCAGUCCAGAUUUUCAACGCCUCUCCGAGCUUCGGCGCUCAGCUUGAACGAAGCGCUCGAACAAGCUUGGGUCUCUACCGCCUCUCCUUCCUGCUUCAACAACCAACUUCUGCCUCAGUUGCCUUCCAUUCCUCGUCAGUCUCAAGGCUUCAGCUGGGACAGGGACUUGGGGCGCAGGAGGUCAUCCAACACGACUACUACGUCCACCUCAAGCAGCGCCGGCUUUGCUCCAGAGGCUCCCCAGCGACGGCGCAAAUCGCUCUUUUCCAAAAAGCCGCGAUCGGAACAGCUCGUUGACGGGGCCGUUCGAGAAGAUUCGCAUUCGCCCGCCACUCACUUUGUCGAUCCUUUUGCUCAUGAGGCGCAGCAUGACGCUCGUGGAUCGACAACUCUUAAGCCGCCAAGCCAGCUCGGUUCCGACCAAGAUGGUCGAGCUGUCGUCAACGAUCGGUCCAGCCAGCGGCUUUCGAUUAAGCAGCAACAAAAAAGGGAGGCGCUUGAUCGCAUCUCGGAUCUCAUCUGCUUGUCGGUAGAGCACCAGACACAGCUGCCUCGCAGUCAAAUUGGCGCUUCGUCGCCUAGAUUGCUGCCAGUCUCGCCGAGCAUGUCCGACAGCACUUUCUUCUAUCCGAUCGAAGCGCCGCCUUCGCCCACCAGCCUGAUGAGCAGCAGCAACAGUAGCGAACGCAGAGCAAGCAUCAUCGCCUUUCCAUCCCGAAUGGAUGCUAGCCGAGGUCUCCGACUCAACAUAAGCGGUGACACGCACAGUUCGCCGACUUCGUCCAGUGUGGCGUCGCCUUCGAUGUCCACCUUUUCGACGCAGGCUGAUUUCUCGCUGCAAGAGUGCGAUCGAAGCAUGGAACACUCUCACGAUGCUUCCUCGUCCUUCGAGCACUAUCAGCUCUUGCUUCCUUCCUCCAUGAAGCGGCAGCCGAGCAGAACAAUCGACCACGAUGCUAGCAAAAGAUCCAGCAUGUCGCUCAGAGCCGAGGUGGGGCACGGAUCGGAGCGCGGCCUUCAGCCAAGUCGCAGGCAUGAUCUGAUCACGCACAGCUCAUCCGAGUGGUUGCGGAUGGAAGAGAUGCAACGACGUUCGCAGCCACCGCCUCCCUUGCGACCGUCUCGCAACCCGAUGAGAAGCCGGUCCAAAAGUCUUAGCUCUCCUAGCGUCCCGAGUAGAUCACCCUCGCCACCGCCGCCAAUGCCAUCCCUGCCCGUAGCAUCGCCGCGUGUGCCUGUAGCGACGGCGAAUGCGAGUGGGCUGGCUGGACCAUAUGACUUGGCCCCAGUACAUACUCCGCCCAGUUCGAGGCCCGCAUCGGCGCACCGCCGCCAAUCGCGUGCUCGUUGCGACAGCUUGACUUCGGCUACAUCGUCUGCAUCCUUACUAGCUGCGUCUUUCCAUACGCCUACGUUCGGGUCGGCAAGUUGGACCACGUUGCCCGUGUCAUGA